GAUCAUCGGACACUGUCGGCUUUUUCCGGAGAUCUCGGUCAGUUAGCUAGCCAAGCUGAUUAGCCUGCUACUACCAGCUAAUGUUUGUAACGUUAGGAUAUUUAUUGCCAGCUGAACUGGAGCGGAUGAUACAAAUAGUGUAGAAAAAAUGGCGGACGUCGAGGGAGAAGGAAUUUGUUCAUCGGUCCCUCCGUUGCCUCACCCUUCCUCUCGUAACGGCUCCGGUAGCGGUAACGUUACACCGGGCACCGGCGGCAGCUGCCAGACGGCGACCACCGUUACUUCAGGCCCACGGCUUGUUCGAAUAGUGAAGUCUGAUUCGGGCUACGGGUUCAAUGUGCGGGGACAAGUUAGUGAAGGUGGGCAACUACGGAGCAUUAACGGGGAACUGUACGCUCCACUGCAGCAUGUCAGUGCUGUUCUACCGGGAGGUGCCGCCGACAGAGCCGGUAUUUCGAAGGGGGACAGGAUUCUUGAGGUUAAUGGUGUGAAUGUAGAGGGAGCGACCCACAAGCAGGUGGUGGACCUGAUAAGGGCUGGAGAGAGGGAGCUGGUGCUGGCCGUGCUGUCUGUACCGCCCCAGGAGGCCGACUGCCUGGAUCCCGGAGAUGACGUUUUGGCCCAGUCCUGCUAUGACUACUCCGACAAGCAGGCCGUCCCCAUCUCUGUGCCGAGCUACAAACACACUGAGCUCAACCAGGAAAAGUUUGUGGUAUAUAACGUGUACAUGGCAGGCAGGCAGCUGUGCUCCAAGCGUUACCGUGAGUUUGUGAUCCUACACCAAAACCUAAAGAGGGAGUUUGCCAACUUUACCUUCCCCAAGCUGCCUGGGAAAUGGCCUUUUUCCCUGUCGGAGCAGCAGCUGGAUGCACGACGCAGAGGCCUGGAGGAAUACCUGGAGAAAGUGUGCUCUGUACGGGUAAUUGGAGAAAGUGACAUCAUGCAGGAGUUCCUGUCUGAAUCAGAUGAGAACUAUAACGGUGUGUCAGAUGUGGAGUUGAGAAUAGCCAUGCCCGAUAAAACCACACUCACUGUCAGAGUGCGCAAAAAUUCCACUACAGACCAGGUUUACCAGGCUGUGGUUAUGAAACUGGGGAUGGACAGUGUAACAGCCAGCUACUUUGCUUUGUUCGAGGUCAUCAACCACACCUUUGUGCGUAAGCUUGCCCCUAAUGAGUUCCCCCACAAACUGUAUGUACAGAACUAUACCUCAGCCAUCCCAGGAACCUGCCUCACCCUACGCAAGUGGCUCUUCACUACAGAAGAGGAGAUUCUGCUCAACGACAACCAGCUUGCUGUCAACUACUUCUUUCACCAGGCCAUGGAUGAUGUGAAGAAAACCUUCAUCAAAGCAGAGCAGAAGUCCUACCAGCUGCAGAAGCUGGCGGAGCAAAAGAAGAUGUCCAUGUAUCUGAGCCUAUUGAGAGGUUGCGAGGGCUACAAUGAGAUCAUAUUCCCCCACUGUUCCUGCGACUCCCGACGUAAAGGCCACGUCAUCACAGCCAUCAGCAUUCACCACUUCAAGCUGCACGCCUGCACUGAGGAAGGGACACUGGAGAACCAGGUGAUUGCGUUUGACUGGGGGGAGAUGCAGAGGUGGGACACAGAUGAGGAGGGCAUGGCCUUCUGUUUUGAAUAUGCGCGAGGGGAGAAGAAACCACGCUGGGUCAAGAUAUUCACACCCUAUUUCAACUACAUGCAUGAGUGCUUCGAGAGAGUCUUUUGUGAGCUGAAGUGGAGGAAAGAGGUGGAAGAGGAGGCUACAGACAAGGACAAUAAGAACUGCAGUAAAGAUGGUAUGUGUGGCAAGAAUAUUUUCCAGCUGCUGAGGCACAGAAGGGAUGGAGGCACCUAGGAAGGGAGAUUGUUACCUCUUAACUAGACACCGCCGUCACCGACUCUGCUCAGUUCGGCCCUCAUCAGACCCAGCAACACUCAGCUAUUAACUACAUGGUCCCCCAUUUACACUCCAUCAGCUACAACCUGAGAAGCUACCCCUGAUACAUGCAAACCAGAAGCAUCUGCAAAGGAACAAAUCGAAUAAGCAUAAAAAGCUACAGACACAUGAACCAGAACUUUUGAAUCCAGCACAUCAUAACCAUGCAUUAAGCAGAGCUCUGUCAAAAAGAAAUGAGGCCUCUAUAGACUUAAACUCAUGGAUUCAUGCAAGCCUUCUUCUUAUUGGCAGGGACUUGAAGUGGAAUGUGACUUGUACACAUGAGAAGGGUUUUGAGCCUCUUCUAAAGUAGUCCCAUCGGGAACAGAAUGCAGAAGUAAAUAAGGAAAUAUCGGACUAAUAAGGGAAAGUUAAAGCCGUCCGUGCUUGCAAAGGGGAACAGAUUACACAUGAUCAGCGUUAUUGAGGGUUGACAACAGGAAGACACUUAGCUUCUCAAUUUAUGGAUCAGAGCAGCAGUGUCUUCUUUGUCUUUUUUUGCCAGUUGUUAGCGUGCCAAUGUGUUUGUGCAUGUUAACGAUGCGUGUAAGGGGGCCCUAAAAGGCAAGGGGCCAACCAGAGGCAAGGCCCCUCAGAAUGUAGGUCACAGCUUAAUUAUGUCAUAGACAUGCAUUUUCAUCUGUUUACCACUAAAUUUGCAUUUAUCAAAGAAAAAUAUUAACAUUGUAAUGUGGCAAAUGAGAGAAGGGAGAGAGAAAGCAGAUAUUUUGUAGGAUUGUUAGAGACAUUUUUCAUCCAGAGAUUUAGCUGCACGAUGCACACAGCUGCGAGGAAUUGACACACGAGCAGGAACACAUUAAACUUUAGACUAAUGUUGCACUUUAUCCAACAGUGUUAUUAACUUUCAAAUGUGGAAAAUGUGACCUAAGAAGCAGAUAGUGGGCAUAAUACUGGAACUAGCCUGCACUUAGUUUACAUUCAUUCUUGACUGACUGACUACAGUAUGAUUAUGUACUGUAUUAUCAAAUGGUAUGUGUAGCGUGCAGAGCCAUGCAUUACAUUUUUCUGUAUUUAUAGUAUUAUGUGAACACUCCAUGCUAAUAUUUUGAUGCCAUUGUAGAGCAGCAGUGAUGUGGAGCACUGAUCUGUAGUACAGUAUGUUUAGUGUGUAUUACCCAUAAUAGACAGCAGGGGUCCUUCUCUUCCUGUCUGCUCUCUUGCAGGCAGUGAUUACUUUGCUUCUGAGAACUCCCACAGGAUUUAUAAUAGGCCUGUUAUUCAGAUGGCAGCACUAUUUAUCUCUGUGGUCCUUUUACUGUUAAACCACUUGUGCACUCCAGAUUCAGGUUAAGUGGGAAGAGGAUUUCUUAGCGAAAAGGGCAGCUUGCACCCUUCAUCAACAUGAUAGAUAUGAAGAUAACUGCACAUUCACUAAAGGCUUUGUAGUAACUGAUCACAUGACUGCAGUGUAAUGUAAUAAUAAACAGCGUAAUUUAAUGUCCCUCUAAAUGAGCCCGGUUAAUGUUCUCAUUCCUAGAAUGUAAUAAUAAUGUAAUAACAUAAUUAUCCGAUGAUGCACUAGUUACUUCAGACUGACGAAUAAAUAAGAUAUAAUAUGAUGUAAUUUACAGGUUAUUGCCUCAUUAAAGCUUAACACAUUAAAUAUUCAUCGCUUAGUGAAAUUUUGUGAUGUUACUACCUUAUUCACCAAAUCUAAAUAGCUUUAUCGUAUUAUCAACUCAUUUAGAAGGACAUUUUGAAGAUUCUUAUUUAAUCUGAAAGAUAUUACAUGUUCAGUUGCUACUAGAUUUUUACAAGAUGAGCCCUGCCAUUUAUGCAAAAUCACAUGUAAGAUAAUCAAACUGAUCCUCGAAGCAAAGAUGAUCAGGUCAUGUGAUCACAAUAUGACGCCAAUAAUAUUCAAUUAUCUCCCAGCCCUAACCCCUAGCUCGUAAUGAGAAUAUCAAUAGUAUUUUUUGUUAUCUACAAGCAAGUAAAGAGUCAUAGAUUGACAUCAAUGGCCCUUUCUAAAGGGUGCUUGUUAUAGCAAUGGUGCUGUUCACAAAAGCCAUUUUGGGUGAUAAAUGAGCUUCAGUAGACCUUGGUGGGUGUGUAAAAGAGGUUUAAUUGAAUGUGUUGAGCCUUGAAUUGAGAGAUUGAAUGUGCAUUCCUAAAGUCCAAACGCAUUUCCCAGGAUUCUUGUCUGUUUACUGGACCGUGCCUGACAUGUUUGAUUGUCUGACAUUGCGUGAUGUGCCCCAAGUGUGCGCACCCCCCUCUCUCUCUUUCUCUCUCUCAUUCUGACUAAAGUUAAGUGUCACUAACAUUAUUUAUUUCAGUAAGAUACAAUGUUAAAUUCAGCGUCUCUGUUGUUAAGUUUUUCACCUGAUACGGUUUGGCUUUAAGAGAGCCACGCUAAGACAAGGAUGAGGAUUGACAACCUGCAGAUUCUUUGACAUGUUGAAAUGUAAAAUUUAAGACAAAGUGUUUGGUUACGUCGCUUACUGUAAUAAAUUGUAACAUAUUCUUUUAAAUAAAACAAUUUAUUGAUGCAAAGUUAGGUGUUUGUUUU